AUGUCCUACUGCUGGCAGGAAGGGAAGGAUCGGAUCAUAUUUGUGACCAAAGAAGACCAUGAAACUCCUAGCAGUGCCAAGCUGGUGGCUGAUGACCCCAAUGAUUUCUAUGAGGAGCACGGGUUGAUACUGCCUAAUGGAGACAUUAACUGGAAUUGCCCAUGUCUUGGGGGAAUGGCCAGCAGCCCCUGUGGGGAGCAGUUCAAGUCUGCCUUUUCCUGCUUCUACUACAGCACAAAGGAUAUCAAGGGAUUAGACUGUAUAGACCAGUUCCGGGCCAUGCAAGAAUGCAUGCAGAAAUACCCAGACCUCUAUCCCCAAGACAAGGAGGAGGAAGAGGAGGCAAAGCCAAUGGAGCCAGUGGAGGAAACGGCUGACACUAAGGCCUCUGCAGCCAAAGAACAGGGGGCAAGCUCCUGA